GUCUGCCAUAAAUAAUUAGACGUAAUCGUGAGCACUCGUAUUAAAUCUAGAAUUUAAACUUGGUGGGAUAGUUCCACCACAAGUAAUCUAGCCAGUUAAGUUAGACUCACUUUGUAUAAGAAACGAGUAGUUCCAGUUGUUAAUUAAGAGUGAAGAAACCAUCUAGGAGUACUAUCUAUCAAAAAAAAUCAGACGCUCACAGUCUAUAUAAUAUAUGUUGGGCCCAAACAAAGCCUUAAUUUGGCCCAACUAACAAAUAGCAGUACACAGUUGGCCCAAGACAAGAGCAGACAGAUGAGAUGAUCCUUCUUCCCCUCGACCAAGAGUAGGUAGGAGUAAAGUUCAAAAAAAAAAAAAGAGUAGGUAGGAGUAGGAGCGAUUCGACGGCAAUCCCGAUUCCGAUUCCGAUUCCGAUUGGAUUGGAAGCACGGCGGCGGCGGCAUGCGCGGCGGCGGCGGGGGAAGGCUCCGGAACCCUUGCCUGACGAUGCACCAGCCGUGGGCGUCGCUGCUCGUCCACGGAAUCAAGCGCGUCGAGGGCCGCUCAUGGCCAUCGCCCCUCACCGCAGGGCGGCUUUGGAUCCACGCGGCUUCCAAGGUCCCCGAGGCGGACACCAUCAAGGCCAUGGAGGAGUUCUACAGGGAGAUUUACGCCCUCGACGGAAUCACCAACAUCACCUUCCCGCACCACUACCCUGUCUCCCGCCUCCUCGGAUGCGUCGAGGUGGUAGGCUGUGUCACCUCUCAAGAGCUUGCUUCCUGGGAACAUGUGCCCCAAUCUGUAUCUACUCAACCCUACUCUAUUACUACUACCUGCACCUUCCCAAUUCCAAUCAUCUUCUUCACUACCUGCAGGUCAGGCUCGAAGCAUUGACCGACUUCUGCUGGCUUUGUGAAAACCCACAGAAACUGGUGGUUCCAUUCGACAUGCGUGGUUACCAGGGUGUUUACAAUUUAGAGAGACGGAUCUAUGAGGGAGCAGUCAGGGGUCUUUCACCUGUUCAAGGUCCACUGCCUGUCAAUUUCCCACUCCCUGACCCCACCAAUCCCCUCUCUCUCAACCCUGGAUCUCUUCAACUUCACUCCUCAAGGUCCGCCGCACUAGACAAAUCUCCCAGUGUCACUGCCGCCAUAGCCGGAGCUCGAGCUGCCGCCACUCAGUAUUCACGCAACAAUACUGCUAUUACUAGUACUCCAACCGAAGAAACUCGACAAAGAUUUUCUAGGGAAAACCAUGCAGAUAACACUUCAGGGCCAUCAAUUGUCCACGACAGAUCACCCGUUUUGCAAAACCAGAAUCUACCAUCUCUUGCCCUGACCAAUCCACCCUAUUUGAAGAACCAGACCAUGCCAUCCUUUGUCCAGAACAAUCUACCCAAUUUGCAAAAUCACAAUCUGUCCUAUUUGCCGCACCAGAAUCUGUCGGCUGAUGUCUCGAACAGGAGGGUAUCGCUUUUGCAAAACCAGAGUCCAUCGUCUCUUCUCCAAAGUGGUCAGUCCUAUUUGCAAAACCAGAAUGCAGAGCCUCGGAGAAGUCCCAGACUACAAAAUGAACCUCCCAGUAGGCUUGUUGCAGUGGCACUGAGGGGAUUGAAGCGAAUGAAUGUUAGUGAGGGAGGAGAGCAAUCAGCUCCGAAAAGAUGGCCUGAGUAAAUAUCUGUGAAAUUACAGGAACUUCCUGCCCUUUUCGGAGGUUCCCCUUAUAAAAGAAGAAAGAUGAGAGUAGCAUGUGCUAUCACAAGACGAAAGCAAUGUGAUUGUGAUUUUUUGUGAAGGAAGCAAGCAUGCAAAGGGGAAGUUUCAUGUUGGCAGCCAGCAAGCAUGCAUCUCUCUGUGACCCUGGCACGAAAUUGCUUUGCUGUGGCGGGCGACAAUGAGGUCCCUUCCAGGAAGCGAUUGUCAUACUAGUACUACUGCCGCUGCUGUAGUAAAGCAUACUAGUGGCAAAGCCAAGCCCAAGGGAUUCACUUUUUGUUACUGUAAUGCACGUAAUUAUAGUACUAAAUCAGAAGAUUCUCCGGGGGAGGGGGAGGGGAUCAGGGGAGAAGAGCCCAAAGAAAUGGCAGCAAAACCCUCUUCUUUUUUUUUUCCGGAGGAGAUACAUUGAUACUACUCCACUUCGAUAGUAGUAGUCGUCGUCGUCUAGUAGAUGCAUAGAACUACUACUAGUAUAGGAGUGUAGUGGCAGUGCUGGUGCAGUGUGAGGGAAGUCGUAAUAGGACGGCUCCAAGAAAGCAGCAUGUGUGGAUGUGGAUUCCACGAUUGCAGCAUUGCUCGCGGAUGGAAUGUACUAUGUUGGGAUUGUCAAUGGAUGAGUACCACUUAGUAACGCUCAUGCUACACACUGCACCGCACACAUAUCGCUGCACACAAGUAUAUAGUACAGUAUAUAUUUGUUGGCAAGGAAUGGAUGGAACCGACUAAGCCUCA